AUGUUUCUGGAGGUGAGAACAAGGUUCCUGGCGCUAAUAACAAGGUUCCUGGCACUGAGGACAAGGUUCCUAGCACUGAGGAAAAGGUUGCUGGCCGUGAGGACAAAGUUCCUGGCGGUGAGGACAAGGUUCCUGGCCGUGAGGACAAGGUUUCUGACAAUGAGGACAAGGUUUCUGGCGGUGAGGAAAAGGUUCCUGGCGGUGAGGACAAGGUUGCUGGCGUUGAGGACAAGGUUACAGGCGGUGAAGACAACUGAUGUUCCUGGCGGUGAGGAGAAGCAUACUGGCGGUGAAGACAAGGUUCCUGGCGGUGAGGACAAUGUUCCUGGCGGUGAGGAGAAGGAUACUGGCGGUGACGACAAGGUUCCUGGCGGUGAGGACAAGGUUCCUGGCGAUCAGGAAAAGGUUACUGGUGGUGAAACAAUGUUUCUGGUGCUGAGGAGAAGGUUACUGGCGGGGAGGACAAUGUUCCUGGCGGUGACGAGAACGGUACUGGCGGUGACGACAAGGUUCCUGGCGGUGAGGAAAAGGAUACUGGCGGUGACGACAAGGUUCCUGCCGGUGAGGACAAGGAUCCUGGAGGUGAGGACAAGGUUCCUGGCGGUGAGGACAAGGUUCCUGAAGGUGAGCACAAAAGUUCCUGGCGGUGGGUGAGGACAAGGGUCCUGGCGGUGGGUGAGGACAAGGUUCCUGGCGUUGAGGACAAGGUUACAGGCGGUGGGGACAACUGAUGUUCCUGGCCGUGAAGAGAAGGAUACUGGCGGUGAAAACAAGGUUCCUGGCGGUGAGGACAAGGUUCCUGGGGGUGAGAAAAAGAUUACUGACGGUGAGGACAAUGUUCCUGGCGGUGAGGAGAAGGAUACUGGCGGUGACCACAAGGUUCCUGGCUGUGAGGACAAGGUUCCUGCCGGUCAGGAAAAGGUUACUGGCGGUGAGAACAAUGUUUCUGGUGGUGAGGCGAAGGUUACUAGCGGUGAGGACAAUGUUCCUGGCGGUGACGAGAACGGUACUGGCGGUGACGACAAGGUUCCUGGCGAUGAGGAAAAGGAUACUCGCGGUGACGACAAGGUUCCUGCCGGUGAGGACAAGGAUCCUAGCG